AUGACACCUCUGUCUCUGCUCCAGCGCUUUUAUGCCACCAAAGAGGAAGAAAAGGCCCAGCCUCGGCUUGAAGUGCAAAAAUACAAGCUGCUUCGGCAGCCGAUGAAUCUUAUCGGCACGCAGGUCAAGUUCCCGCUGCGCAACAAGUUCCCGCUGCAGUGUCUCUGUGUACUGACCAUUGUAUGUAGGAAGGGCGAUAAGGCGAUCGGAGAGUUCUUCUACGGCCUCAACGUCGGGGCGAGCAAGGUGUCGCACCCGCUCUUCCAGGACCUCGUCGAGGCGCUCAAGACCGGGAAAGACCGCCGACGCGCCAGCGGAUGCUUGGAGACCUCCUCGACUGAGCCCUGGCUGUCAGGCUGUCAGGGGGGCAGCGGGUUCGGUGACAUGGUGUACGCCACGGUCCCUAUGGGCUCCGUGGCGACGAAGGUUGCCCGGGACUGGCUCGCUAGCGAGCUCUGCGAGCCGUCCCGGCGAGGCAAAAUUGAUGCGGCCUGCAGGGACCGAAAGGUUGCCGAGCUGAUCACGGCUGCCGGCGCCUCGGCGCCGGCCGACGCCAUGUUCGGCGGCAGGUUCGCGACGGGCGAGACGCCCCGCCCGACGACCUCCGCCUCCGAGGCGGACGAGGGCGACGGCGGCGAUGGCGGGGCCGAGAACAUGCUGGGUCCCAGCGGGUUUUCACGUAACAAGGGGCAACGCGAGACGCAGUGCCGAUGCCCAGCAGAGCAGCUGGAAGAUGGUUUGCCGUCGGACGAUUGGCUCGUGCACGUGGUGCGUGAGGCAUUCGGUCUGGACGCGACGACUGCGCUGGCAGCAAAGCCGCCAGGACAGCCCAGCCCAGGCGCUAGGGGGAGGGGCACGACUAGCCGCCUGGAAGGCGCUCUCAUCAGCAAGUCACCCAGGCACCAGCUCCUGAGCGUUUACGCUUGA